GACUCCUCCGCAUAAAUCAAGCUCGGCUGCGACCUGCAUAAUCUACUUCCCUCCUUCACCAACAAGGCCUAAACGAUACAAAAUGUCCAAUGAAUUAUUUUUAGGCCCACCGCUGAAGGACAAAUCGCGCAUCCGGCAAAAGAAGUUCGCACCGAAAGUCAGAACAGGUUGCAUUGUGUGUCGGAUUCGACGGGUGAAAUGCGAUGAGACGCGACCAUCCUGCACAAAAUGUACUUCUACAGGUCGGAAAUGCGGCGGUUAUACGCAUAAUGAGGGCCCACGGGACAAGACUCUAGUUACGAUUCGACCUGCUGAGACGGUAAGCCCAGUCUCGGUCUCGGCCGGCAGCGAGGAUUUACACAUGUUCCACAUGUUUCGACUGGAUGUCAUUUAUCAAACUUCAGGGCUCUUUGACAAGCCUUUUUGGCAAGUUGACAUUUUGCGCGCUGCUCGCGAGCGUCCAGCGAUAUGGCAUGCCAACCUGGCCUUUGCAGCCAUCUAUAGGUGGCGUGAGCUACGGCACAGCGAUCAGGUGAAUGCUGAGCAGAAGAUCUACGAUUUAUAUGCAUUUUCCAUAAAGCACUACAAUGCUGCCAUUCAGGGGCUUCUCUCCAUCACAAAAAAGACAAACCAAACUGUGUCCGACAAGGAGACGCUACUCCUUACGGAGACGCUCUUUGUCGGCCUCAACGCCGUUCAAGGGAACCUAACGAGCGCCAUCGCCCACGCAAAUAAUGCAAACACAUUUUUUUACACCUGGGAAUUCUGGAAGUAUGCUGAAGCAAUCCCCCAUGGAUUAGUCCUGAGGCCGUCCUCGUUGGUGGCGCUAUUGACAAACUUUGAAUCGCAAAUGCUUCACCGCUUGCGCAACAAGUCGGCUCCCCGAUGCCGGAGAGGGCAAAAGCUGUUCAAAGUAUCUACGCAGCCAUUCCGAACCAUUGAAGACGCAUACCAUGAAUUUGUUAGGCUAUUCGCAGCCAUUAUCACAUCUUGUAGAUGUAGCGAUCACACCGAGUCACACGUCAUGCUCCCCGAGCCUCUGGUCUUCCCGUACCACGUAUCACAAAUGCUGUUGUGGGCAGAUAAAUUUGAUGCGCUGCGCUUGGCCAAGUCGUUGGCACGGGAGAUUCACGGCUUCCCCUACAAGUUACUAGAGUUACAGUCGAUGGCGUUACGAGCGUGCGGUCGCUGUGACCCGAAUGACGGUGUGUUUAUGUUUGAUAACCAGACGGCAAUACUUUGGAAGAUCUUGAUAGGGUUAGAAAAACUUGUGGGUGAUGCUUUGGAAGCUCAUGAUGGGAUUGUCCCGAGAUUCUCGUUUAGCAUAUCGAUAUGUGAGCUCAUGUAUUGGAUAACAACUGCCUGCAGGGACCACGAUAUGCGCGUACGGUCUGUGGCGCUGCUGAGGAAGUGGCCGAUCCAGGAUGGUCUUUUGGAUAGCCGACUGAUUGCUCCGCUGCUAGAGACGUUCACCAAGGUCGAGGAUGCACCGGGGAUACGCAACAUGACACUGUGUGCGGAAGAUGGCGAGUGUGAGUGCAUGUAUCGUAAGUUUAUCUGUGGUAAGCACAGAAUUGUGAGGUCAGUAGUGGAAUUUAUGAAAGAGGGUGAGGUAAACUUUUCAUGGGAGACAGUAGAGGAUAUAUCACAAGGCAGAGGGGAACAGGUUCAAAAGCUCUUCUACUGAAGCCGGUUAUGAAAAGGUGGCUAUUGCGUGGCGUUUUUGUAUCUCAAGGGCGGCAGGGAGAUUGUUUGCCAAUUUUGUGGCUUCUUGUUUGCGAUUUGGAUUUCAUGUGAGUUCUAUAACGUUAGCGGUACAUUGAGUAGAUGAGCACGUGUAUGCUUAGCUGGUUAUCUGGAUGAGAUGUGUAGCUAGGAAAGCUUGUCGAUGAGGGUACUCCAAGCAUAGUGGCGAGACAACAAGGUUCACACGGCUGCGCACUGUGUCACGAGCCGUGCUUGUUGGUGGCCGACGUGUAUUUAUUUUGCCAAUUUUAUUGUGGUUAGCCAACCUGGUCAGUAUAUUGCGUAGCAUGAAUGAAGG